CGGAUGGAGUCACAGUCCAACAGUAGACAGUGGGUGGGUGGUGACACAGUCACCAUCUACACACCAUUUAUACUACACGCCACCCACCGCCCUCGUCCACCCACCGCCCUCGUCCACUCACCGUCCUCGUCCACUCACCGUCCUCGUCCACUCACCGCCCUCGUCCACUCACCGCCCUCGUCCACUCACCGCCCUCGUCCACUCACCGCCCUCGUCCACUCACCGCCCUCGUCCACCCACUGCCCACCUCCACCCACAACACUGCUAUAUACCUGCCACUUGUGUGUUGAGAGAGGAUGAAUGGUGUACUCGACUCGUGGACCUCCCCCAGUGCCACCAUCACACUGGCUCUCCUGUUAUUGAUGUCUUCUUAUGCCCAGGGCAUGGAGGACAACAAGGGGUUUACCAUAGACGACAUCAUGCCUCUGGACAAAUUUAACUACGACAAGAUGAGGCCACCCAAAAAAGACGGUAAACCCACCACUGUCUAUUUCCACGUCACCGUGAUGGGUAUCGACUCCAUUAACGAGAACUCCAUGACCUAUGCAGCUGACAUCUUCUUCGCCCAGACCUGGAAAGAUCACAGACUUCGUCUUCCAGAGAACAUAACAUCGGAAUAUAGAUUGCUGGACUUGGACUGGCUGAAGCAUCUCUGGAGGCCUGACAGCUUCUUCAAGAACGCCAAACAAGUGACUUUCCAAACGAUGACCAUCCCCAAUCAUUACGUCUGGCUCUUCCAUGACAACAAGAUUCUCUACAUGGUGAAGUUGACGCUGAAACUCUCCUGUGCCAUGAACUUCGCCAUCUACCCCCAUGACACUCAAGAAUGUAAACUACAGAUGGAGAGCUUAUCCCACACGACGGAAGAGUUGGUAUUCGAGUGGGAUCCAGAGGUGCCCCUUGCAGUAGACGAAAGCAUAGAACUGCCUCAGCAAGACAUCAUCCUCAAUUACACCUCAGACUGUACCCAGGUCUACUCCACAGGCAACUUCACCUGCCUGGAGGUGGUGUUUAGACUGAAGCGACGUCUUGGCUACUACGUCUUCCACACCUACAUUCCCACCUGCCUCAUCGUUAUUAUGUCGUGGGUAUCCUUCUGGAUAAAGCCGGAGAUAGCGCCAGCGCGGGUCACACUGGGUGUCACAUCAUUGCUGACACUCUUCACUCAGCAGGCAAAGUCACAAGCAUCACUUCCACCAGUUUCGUAUAUAAAAACCAUCGACAUAUUCAUGUCGUUCUGCACAGUGUUUGUGUUCAUGGCGCUCAUUGAGUAUGCGGUGGUGAACAUAAUCCUGGGGGAUGGAUCUGGUGAAACUGCCAAGGGGCCCUCCAAGCCAGAACCCAAACCCAGCAAAGCCACUGACCUUGCAAUAAAGGAGAGCAGACGGUUCCUGCUCGGAGAACCACCAAGGCCAGCAGGUCCGUCACCUGCACAAAUCCGUCGAGGUCGAGCACUGAUGGUAGACCGAGUAUCUCGCUACCUAUUCCCUAUUUGCUUUGCCCUCCUCAAUGCCAUCUACUGGUUCAGCUUUAAGAAGUAUUUAUAAAGCACUCAUCUCCUGAAGGAAGGGAGGCAUCAGCAUCUCCAAAAUGGGUCACACUGUACAAACACCAAGCACAACCUCCAUCAGGUGGAGGAGACUAGAAAAUACCCUACAUGUCCAAUACAUCAAUAACACAGGUCUACAGCCAAAAUGCUUCAGAACUAAAACUAAUCAUCCUUUACUAAUUUUGGAUCACUGAAUGUAGAAAUGACACCUUAAACUGCAAAUUAGCUCUAUUUAUAAAGUCUUGAACUCAGGCCACUUGCAUAGUAUUAUCCUUGACUUGGGAAGGGAGGGUAGACAAACUGUACAGUGGAAAGGCUCUUGAUUCAAACCCCACACUGUAUAACUGUUGAAAAAAUAUAUAGUUUCCUAUAUUUCUCAUGAAUAGCACUUUUCUUCAAAUUUCUUUUUUUUUUUUUGGAGGAGGGGGGACCACAAUUUGUAUUAUAUGGACCACCAACUGUGUAGCUUAUGUUAAUCUGAGCACUGUUUGUUUUGGCAACUCUAGUGUCAGAAAACAGAUGAUUCACUUGGAAUUUAGGUAUUACAUCACCCUAAUAACUGGACUGCAUUAGUUCAUUCCCAGAGGUCAUACAGUGCACACCUGUCAAACUUUUGACACUGACUUUUUUUUUUUGCCAAAUUUGGACGAAGAUGCCUUGUAAUUGCAUGAGAUAACUUUUGUUAUGUUUGUGGGUAGUUGACUUUUGCAUCACAAAAGUGUGCUUUAACGCUGCCAUGACUAAGAAAGCUUAUCACCUUUGUUUUGGCUGUAAAGUUAAGACUGACUAUCUUGGUCAUGGAAAAACGCUACCAGGAAAAUGGAGUCCAUCACUGUCAGCAGAUUUCUGCUGAACAAUAACAAGUGAUGAUCCAGAAGUGGAAUACAAGAGACAUGAAGCUGCACUGGGUUGAAUCACUAUAAGUGAAGUGAUUAUACAGACAUGUUACUAAUGUAUUAUACAGCUAGCCCUCCACUUUCACGAGUUCCAUUUUCGUGAGCUUCGAACAUUCGCGAAUGCCCAGCUGCCCAAUCAUAUUUACCAGACAAAUGAUAGGAGCAUAACUCCCUACAAAACUCUGAAGAUAUGAAGAGGAAACGGUCUCAGUUGCCCAUCACAAUGUUCUUCACAAGGAAGCCUGCCACUACCCCUGCCGCUACCCUUACCGUCUCACCUGAACUUCAACCCGCGGCAGAAUCUGACUCCAUUAAUCUAAGUAAAUGCUAUUAUUAUAUUUCCCGACAAUAUACAGUGGACCCCCGCUUUACGAUCAGCUCCCAAUGCGACCAAUUAUGUAAGUGUAUUUAUGUAAGUGCGUUUGUACGUGUAUGUUUGGGGGUCUGAAAUGGACUAAUCUAAUUCACAAUAUUCCUUAUGGGAACAAAUUCGUUCAGUAAUGGCACCUGAACAUACUUCUGGAAUGAAAUAAUAUCGUAAGCCGGGGGUCCACUGUAUUUGUGCAUCAAAACAUUCGCAAACGCUAGUGUACAGUAUUAUUUUAUUUCCCUACAUCAUAUUUGCGCAUCAAACAUUCACAAAUUUUCAAGAUUCGUGAGGUUCUUGAUCCCCUAACCCUUGUGAAUGUGGAGGGCCUCCUGUAUACAUACGCACAAAAUGUGUAAACAAGUUUCUUUGUUAUUAUGGUCAUAGUCGUUUUCAGCACCCCAAAA